AUGGCUAGAUGUAGAGCUAAGUUGAUAAUUUUUGGAAGUGCAAGAGAGCAGUAUGCAAGGGUCUGGGACUAUGGCAAGGCCCUAAUGAAACACAACCCUGGUUCUGGUUGUAAUGUGGUUGUAGAUGGGAUUGAGCAGCCUGAGGCUCCCCUGUUUUUGAGAAUGUUUAUGUGUUUGAGGCCUUUGAAAGAUGGUUUCCUGAGGGGUUGUAGGCCAAUCAUUGGGGUGGAUGGCUGCCACUUGAAAGGUGCUUAUCCAGGGCAGAUUUUAGUGUUUGUGUCCAAAGAUGGGAACAACAGAAUUUACCCUAUUGCUUCGGCAACAUGUGAGGCUGAAAACAAGGAAACAUGGGUUUGGUUCCUAGAAUCACUGAUGCAGACCCUUGGGAGUGUAGAUGAGUCAGGUUUGACCUUCAUGUCAGACAAACAGAAGGGACUGGUAAAAUCAUUUUCUCAAGUUGUGCCAGAAGUAGAAACUAGAUUCUGUGUUAGACAUAUUUGGGCAAACUUCAAACUGAAGUUCACUGGAUUUGUUUUCAAGGAGUUAUUUUGGAGUGCUGCAAGAGCAACAACACAACUUGAAUUUGAAAUACCAAUGCAGCAGAUUAAGGAGCUUGAUGAGGAGGCUUUUGAUUAUUUGAACAAAAUCCCCACUGUGCACUGGUGCAGACAUGCAUUUAGUGAGAACUGCAGGUCCGACAUGUUGCUAAACAACAUGUGUGAGACUUUCAAUGCAGUUAUUAGAGAUGUCAGAGACAAACCUAUCCUCACCCAAAUGGAAUGGAUGAGGAGGUACAUGAUGAGGAUAAACAAUGAGAAGUGGGAGGAUUCCAAGGAAAUCACAACCAACUUGACUCCAUAUGUUCAUAAACUAUUUCAAAGGAUGAGCUAUGUGUCUAGGAAUUGCAUUGUUCAAGCUGCAAGAGAUGACACUUAUGAGGUGCAACUGAAGGAUGACCAGGUUCUAGUUGACUUGGGAAAUAGGAGUUGUUCCUGUAACCAUUGGCAGUUGACAGGCCUCCCAUGUAUUCAUGCCUUUGCAUGCAUAAUGGAUGAAAGAGCUGUUGCUGAGCAAUAUGUCCACCCCUAUUACAGUAUGGCCACCUAUAGGGCAGCAAAUGAGCUUGCAAUUCAACCCAUGGCGGGGCCAAAGCACUGGGACAGAGUAACACAUAAGGGAGCCUCAGCCACCAGCCAUCAAGGUGCAGCCUGGGAGGCCCAAAUUGAAGAAAAGAAAAUUGGAACCUGGUGA